ACAUGCAAUUUGAGGCAGAGCGGAUAGAAUUGAAUUGAGCACUUGUGUCUAUAAUCCAUGUAGAUUUUGGCUUUGGUUGUUAUUGUUCGAGAAAAAUGGCAUCGUUGUUUUCGAACUCACCAAUGGUAGUAAGAAGCAGAGAUGAAGUGUAUGUAGCUGCAAUGCCUCUGAGGGCUACAAAGGGACCACCCCAGUUGCUUAUGUCUGCUGCUUACUCCCUCAAUUUCUGGGAUUUCCAGCAUUUCAUGGUCAUCAUCAAACCCUAUUCACCUUCUCAGGUUCUGGUUUUUGAUUUUCAGCCCAAAGAUCCUGAAGAUAUAUAUGUGGCAAUAGCGGCUUUGUAUGGUAGAGCAGUGCCAGGAACUGUUCUUGUGAGGAAGUUACAGAAGUUACCAAGAAACAAAUGCUGGCUUGUUGGAUAUUCAAGUGAGGAUGCAGUGGAAAUAGCAGGAGAAUUCAACAAAAAAUGGGAAACAAAUUUGAGAAUUGGCCUACACGAUUGUCGCAAUUAUACCAACAGUUUGGUUAAGGAACUCACUGGCGAAAAAGAUGUGCUGGAACGUCUGAGAAAAAUUGGUGGUUAGAGGGAAUUCACUGUUGAAUUCUUUAUCUGCCAUCACAGGAUCAUGCUUUCAACUUCUUUUAUCACUUUCAUCGCUUCACUCUCAUGAGAACUGGCUAAACAUCAUUGCCUUCAAGGGUUUCUGAAGAAACGAAACCUCUAAUUGGUUAUAUAUUCUUCUGUAGAUAAAUAGAGGUCUCUGCUAAAUAAACCUAACAGUGGUGAUAGAUUAUCAAAACUAUCACGUUGUGGUUGUUGUAUACUUCAAUAUACUAUACCAGUGAAUGCCAAUAUUUAUCUUAAACUUCA